UUACAGCUCAGAGGUUUAAUCCAUUGUCAUCAUGACAGGAAGUAUGGUGGCAUAGGCAGAUGAAGGAGAGGCAGCUAAGAGUUCUACAUCUGGAUCCACAGGCAACAGGAAGAGAGAGUGACAUACUAGGCUUGGAUUGAGCUUCUGAGACCUCAAAGCUAGCCCUCUAUGGAUGAGCUUCCUCCAACAGGGCCACACCUCCGAUAGUGCCUCGCCCUAUGGACCUCUGAGGGCACUUUUAUUCAAAUCACCAGACUAAUGUGUUAUCCCUUCUCUUUGUAGGAUAUCCUUUCCCGGCUGAUCGAAACAAUGAACAAAGUGGAGCUGCUGAUGACUCGCUAUGCUCUGGACAGUUCAUUCCUUGGGAAGAAGGGUUCCAUCACAGAAAACCAGAGAAAGAAGAGAAAGGCUUUCUUAGAAAAGAUCGAUAUGUAUGUUAAGACUAUUGAUUUCCGAGAAAGGAUUCUCAUGAAACUUAUGUCCUGGCUAGAAGAAUGGAAUUUCGUUCUGUCUGAGGUGGCUGAGAUUGACAUUGAGGAAUACCACCACUGGGUUGCACAGAUGGAAAGGAUGCCGGAAGGGCUGAAAGCCAUCGACAGCAAUGUCAAUAAUCUGUGUCAAAUUACCAUGGCACUCUUUGAGGAAAGGAAGAGACAAAAGAGAAAACUAUUGGCUAGAGGUACUCUCUGGAAAGCUUGGAAGGAACGUGUUGUAAAGCGGCCGGCCACAGCCCACGCUUUAAGACCAGAUCAGAUGAUUUUUGACCAACUUGCAUUGAAUACUAAGGUCUCAGAGAUACAAGACAUGCUCCAGGAACUCAUCAACACAGCCAUGUUCAGCAAAUUGGAAAACAAUGCCAUUAAAUACAUAUCAGCAACAGUGCUGAACCUCUCCACAGCCCUGAACACAGUCAAUGAGGAAAUGAAACUUUUGAGCUCUCAUAUUACCAACGUAGCUGUGGGUGAAGAACAAGAACAAGAAAUAGAAAAAGGCGUCUUACAGAAGGCCUUCCAAGAACUCAGUGAGGAAAAUGACAUGCUUCAACAGAAACUUAAAGAAGCCGAAGAAAAGUGCGACCAACUUAUUCGAAUCAAAAAUUUUCUAGGGCGCCAACUCUUGCCCCCAACUACGCCCUUGCGAGCAUUAUCUGCGACGUCUCCACAGCCACCCGUAGGCAAAGAUUCAGAACCAGAGGAUAUUGACGAUCUUUUAAGCAAAGAGCUUGAAAAGACUAUGGAUGAGCCCAAGAAGAAGGGGACCAGAGCCACCACAGUAAAGUGGGACUCGACUAUGGAAUACAUAGCCCAAGAUGAACCGGCUCCAGCCACGGCUAAGCCCCAAACUGAAGAUAAGGCUCAUCACGACCAGAAAAAUCAGCUCCUCCCAAGCCCACAGCCAGAUGAGUCUUCUGACACAAAUCUGGAUAAGGAGGAAAAGAGAACCCUGGAGAUGAAGUCUAGUCAAUUUUCUGAUUCACAAGCACUGGACCAGAGGAGAAAAGACCGCAAAUCAAAGGGCCCAGAGGUCAGGGCCAGAACAAGCGGCAUGUGGCCCAAGAGAGGCAGAUCGGAGCACUCCGUUGGGAGAAGCCCAAUCUCAGAGGCUAAAAUCGAGCCCACUGUGAGGCCGAUCGAAAAAGAAGCCAAGACUCAAGUAGAACUACCCAAGACAACCCAGCCUGAGAGUACUCCAGAGCCAUACAAAACAGAAUCAAAAGGGAAAAAAUACGUGCCAGGAAAAGUUGAAGAAAUGCCAGGCACCACAAAACAACGUGGUAAAUUAUCACCCAGGGUCCCUAAACAGACUUCAGUAAGUCCUGAUGACAAGAGUGAACAAAGUGAUCUGGAAUCAUUUCAAAGAGCCAUAUUGGCUUUCCUAAGAGAGAAAAUGAGUAAUGUAGGGAAGGCAAUUGAUCCAAAGAGUAUACAGGAGGAGGAGGAGUUAUUAGGGAGAGCAGAAGUUGAAAACUUAAACACCAUAAAGGAAAAAAUGGAGGAAUAUUUCCAAAAAGUGGCUGAAGCUGUGACUAAAACCUUGAGGACAUACAAAGAUGCAAAAAGGGGACAAUUUAGAGAGAUAUCUGGCAAACGAAAGUUGUCCUCUGUCACACCACAUCUGUUUCCUAAGCGGGCAUCGAUCAGUACCAAGCCUGAAAUUAGCAACUUAAGUGAGGUGACAGACCCAGUGAUUAGGAAACUAGUACAGGCGCUCUUAGAUGAACUAGAGAGUGACAGGGACAGGGUGAAGGAUGAAAGGCAAGAGCAACAAAAGCAGGAAGAGGAGGCCUGGAGGGAAGAGCAAAGACUUCAAAAGCUGGAGGAGUGGAGACAGGCUCAGGAGCUGUGGAUAAGGGAGGAGACUGACAGGGAGAGGUUGAAGGCAAUGAGGGAAGCAGAAGAUGGUCAGAGGCCGAAAGGGAGCAAAUCAAAACAAUUGGUGAAGACCGAGUCAAAGCCUUAUGACCUGAAGAUGACGUUCACCCAGUCUGCGGUGGUGCUGACGCCCAGGUGGAUGAAAGUCCUGAAACCUCAGAUAAGUCAAGUACAGUUAUUCCAAGUGGAUCCUUAUGAGAUGGAGAGCUUUGAUGAAAAGCAGGCCGCCUCUUCCAGGACCCUCCUUGUUUCUGCAAAGCCCCUCCCAAAGCCUGUCCCUGAACAGGCCCAGAUAAGGGGUCCUGAAGUGUCUCAGAUGUCAAUGGCGUCCUUAACCCUUGAGCAGAUACAGGCUUUGCGUGGUCCUCUUAUUCAUGAACACGGGACAGAGGAGCAAAAAUUAGGGACUCAGCUCAAAGAUUCUAAGAUCUUUGAGCAGACAGUAACUCCGAGAAGGUCUCUCACAUCGGAAAAACCAGAGGCAAUGCAAAUUCCCCAAACUACCGCUGAACAAGUACAGAUAUCUGGGGCCACAGUUACCCAAAAAACAGUUCUACCUCUACAGCAGAUUCAAGUAAAAGACAUUACUCUCACCUCUCAACAGGUCCUAGAUCAAGGGAUCACCCCCACUCCUGAGCCAGUCAAGGAACCAAGGAUCAUGCUAAAUCCUCAGCAGGCCCAGGCCCUGGGCAUCACUCUCGCUCCUGAGCAGGCCAAGGCCAGGAAGAUCAGUCUGACCCCUCAGCAGGCCCAGGCCCUGGGCAUCACUCUCACUCCUGAGCAGACCAAGGAACAAAGGAUCAGUCUGACCCCUCAGCAGGCCCAGGACCUAGGGCUUACUCUCACCCCUCAGCAGGCCCAGGCCCUGGGGCUCACUCUCACUCCUGAGCAAGCCAAGGCACAGAGAGUCAGUCUGAUCCCUCAACAAGCCCAGGUCCCAGGGGUGUCUCUUACCCCUCAGCAGGCCCAAGUUCAGGGGAUCAGUCUGACCCCUCAGCAAGGAUGGGCCCUGGGGAUGGCUCUCACCCCAGAGCAGGCCCAAGCACAGGGGAUUAUUCUCACCCCUGAGCAGGCCCAGGCCCUGGGGCUCACUCUCACCCCGCAGCAGGUCAAGACUCAGAGGGUCAGUCUGACCCCUGAACAGGCCCAGGCCCUGGGGAUCGCUCUUACCCCUGAUCAGGAUGAGGCCCUGGGGAUGACUCUCACUCCCAAACAAGCCCAAGCACUGGGCAUCACUCUUACACCUGAGCAAGCCAAGGCCAUGAAAAUCAAUCUGACCCCUUAUCAGGUGCAGGCCCUAGGGAUCACUCUUACCCUUGAGCAGACCCGAGCACAGAGGGUCAGUCUGACCCCUCAGCAGGCUGAGGCCCUAGGAAUCACACUGUCCCCUGAGCAGGCCCAGGCCCUGGGCAUAGCUCCUACCCCUCAGCAGACUGAAGCCUUGGGAAUCUAUCUCACCCCUCAGCAGGCCCAAGCACUGGGCAUCACUCUUACACCUGAGCAAGCCAAGGCCACGAAAAUCAAUCUGACCCCUUAUCAGAUGCAGACCCUAGGGAUCACUCUUACCCUUGAGCAGGCCCGAGCACAGAGGGUCAGUCUGACCCCUCAGCAGGCUGAGGCCCUAGGAAUCACACUGUCUCCUGAGCAGGCCCAGGCCCUGGGCAUAGCUCCUACCCCUCUGCAGACUGAAGCCUUGGGAGUCACUCUUUCUCCUGGGCCAGGCAAAGAGCAAAGGGUCAGCCUGACUCCUGAGCAGGUUGAGGCCCUGGGGAUGACUCUCACUCCCAAACAAGCUCAACCACAUGAGAUCAGCCUCAGUCCUGAGGAGGCCCAGGCCCUGGGACUCACACUCACCCCUCAGCAGGCUGAGGCCCUAGGAAUCACACUGUCUCCUGAGCAGGCCCAGGCCCUGGGCAUAGCUCCUACCCCUCAGCAGACUGAAGCCUUGGGAAUCUAUCUCAUCCCUCAGCAGGCUCAAGCACUGGGCAUCACUCUUACACCUGAGCAAGCUGAGGCCCUAGGAAUCACACUGUCUCCUGAGCAGGCCCAGGCCCUGGGCAUAGCUCCUGCCCCUCAGCAGACGGAAGCCUUGGGAGUCACUCUUUCUCCCGAGCCAGGCAAAGAGCAAAGGGUCAGCCUGACUCCUGAGCAGGUUGAGGCCCUGGGGAUGACUCCCACUCCCAAACAAGCUCAACCACAUGAGAUCAGCCUCAGUCCCGAGGAGGCCCAGGCCCUGGGACUCACACUCACCCCUCAGCAGGCCCUGAUAAAGAAGAUCUAUCUCACCCCUCAGCAGGCCCAAGCACUGGGCAUCACUCUUACACCUGAGCAAGCCAAGGCCAUGAAAAUCAAUCUGACCCCUUAUCAGGCCCAGGCCUUGGGACUCACACUCACCCCUCAGCAGGCCCUGAUAAAGAAGAUCUAUCUCACCCCUCAGCAGGCUCAAGCACUGGGCAUCACUCUUACACCUGAGCAAGCCAAGGCCACGAAAAUCAAUCUGACCCCUUAUCAGGUGCAGGCCCUAGGGAUCACUCUUACCCUUGAGCAGACCCAAGCACAGAGGGUCAGUCUGACCCUUCAGCAGGCUGAGGCCCUAGGAAUCACACUGUCUCCUGAGCAGGCCCAGGCCCUGGGCAUAGCUCCUACCCCUCAGCAGACUGAAGCCUUGGGAAUCACUCUUUCCCCUGGGCCAGGCAAGGAGCAAAGGGUCAGCCUGACUCCUGAGCAGGUUGAGGCCCUGGGGAUGACUCUCACUCCCAAACAAGCUCAACCACAUGAGAUCAGCCUCAGUUCUGAGGAGGCCCAGGCCUUGGGACUCACACUCACCCCUCAGCAGGCCCUGAUAAAGAAGAUCUAUCUCACCCCUCAGCAGGCUCAAGCACUGGGCAUCACUCUUACACCUGAGCAAGCCAAGGCCACGAAAAUCAAUCUGACCCCUUAUCAGGUGCAGGCCCUAGGGAUCACUCUUACCGUUGAGCAGACCCGAGCACAGAGGGUCAGUCUGACCCCUCAGCAGGCUGAGGCCCUAGGAAUCACACUGUCCCGUGAGCAGGCCCAGGCCCUGGGCAUAGCUCCUGCCCCUCAGCAGACUGAAGCCUUGGGAGUCACUCUUUCUCCUGAGCCAGGCAAGGAGCAAAGGGUCAGCCUGACUCCUGAGCAGGUUGAGGCCCUGGGGAUGACUCCCACUCCCAAACAAGCUCAACCACAUGAGAUCAGCCUCAGUCCCGAGGAGGCCCAGGCCCUGGGACUCACACUCACCCCUCAGCAGGCCCUGAUAAAGAAGAUCUAUCUCACCCCUCAGCAGGCCCAAGCACUGGGCAUCACUCUUACACCUGAGCAAGCCAAGGCCAUGAAAAUCAAUCUGACCCCUUAUCAGGUGCAGGCCCUAGGGAUCACUCUUACCCUUGAGCAGACCCGAGCACAGAGGGUCAGUCUGACCCCUCAGCAGGCUGAGGCCCUAGGAAUCACACUGUCCCCUGAGCAGGCCCAGGCCCUGGGCAUAGCUCCUAUCCCUCAGCAGGCUGAAUCCUUGACAAUCACUCUUACCCCUGAGCAGGACCAGGCACUGGAGAUCAGUCCCACCCCUGAGCAAACCCCCCACACAUUAGAGUUCUCUCUCAGCCCACAACAGGCCUGGGACCUGGGCAUCACUCUCACCCCUAGACAAGUGAAGGUACAGAAGAUCUGUCUAACCCCUGAGCAGGCCCAGGUCCUGGGAGUCACUUUCACCUCUGAGCAGGUCAAGGCAUGGAAGAUCAGUGUGACCCCUGAGCAGGCCCAGGCCCUGGGCAUCACUCUCACCCCUGAGCAAGCGAAGGUCCAGAGCAUCAGGCUGACCCUGGAGCAAGCUGAGGCUCUGGGGAUCACUCUCACACCAGAGCAGGCUGAAGCCCUGGGGAUCAUUUCCACUCCUUCACAGUUACAGAAACGGGAUAGUCUUCCUUCUAAGAAACUCCAGGAUUUGGAUGCCUCAUUAACCUAUGAACAGGCAGAAUUGCUAAGGGGUGGUCCUAUUAAAGAGUCAUUUCAGACCCAGAAAACCCCUAUUAUCCCAGAAUCUAUGCAAACACCUAAGCCAACUGUUGCUUCUAAACAGACCCAGACAAUUGAAAUCCCACAAACUAUGCAAUGGUCACAGAUAUUUGGAUUUCCGUUUCCACAGAGACCGGGCAAGGCUCUGGGAAUCACUCUCACACCAGGGCAGACCCAGGCAUCUGAGCAAGUUCAGGCAUUGCAACCUCCCCUCACACAAAUACAGACCCUGCCGUUGGGCCAGCUUGGUCCAGGAGAGACACAAACAUUAAUAUUCACUAUCACACUUGAGAAAGCACAGAAUUUUGGUGUUACUUUUACCCAGGAGCAAAUUCAGGCAGCAGCUAUCACCCUCACCUGUGAGCAGGUGGCAGCAUUAGAAAAUGCGCUCACUGCAGAACUGGCCUGGAAAUGGGGGCGUUUAACCACACCAGAAAAUGUUCAAGAAGCAUCACCAAGAAUCGUUGAUUAUCAGCCAACUCAAGCGUUUCAAAUUCCUCUUACCUUGGAAAAGCCUGAGACAUUGGCUCCUGCUGACAGAUUAUUUCAACAAUUGAAGGAUUUUCCUCCAUCUAUACCAUUGCAGAAAGUAAGACCUUUUAGCCAUGCCCCACUUUCCCCUAGGAUGAUCCCAGGAAUGAGUAUUCUUCCCGACUCUGAGAAGCUUGAAGAAGCAGGCAUCUCUCCUACCUACAAACGGAUUCCAGCCAACAGAGGUCAAGUCACUCCCAUUCAGCUCCCAACACCAGAAGUCCCUCCUACCCCAAGGCAGCUCCCAACACCUGGGGCUCCUUCCACUCCAGGGCCACCCCUUGGUCCUUGGCAUUUAUUCAAACCUGAAGACACUUGGCCACCUCUAAUACCAGGAACCCUCUCUUCCCACAGAAAGCCAACACCACCGCCUGUAUCUGGAGUCCCACACACCUCUGGAGAGUUUCCAGGACUCCUUGUUUCUGGAGGUUCUACUGUCCCCAGGGAGUUCCUAAUAUCCAGAACCUUCCCUUUCCAGCCUCCAGUCAUGCAGACCUACUCUACCCCUGAACAGCAAAGGCCAUCACUGACCAUUCCUGAGCAAAAAGAAUUCCCUUCAAGAGCAACUCCAAUCCUAGCGCAUCUGUCCACAGCAGAGGCCCAACCAGUCCCUGGGAGACCUCAGAGAAUCUCUUCCUCUUCGGUCUCUCAGAAAAGGUCAGGAGCUGUUUCCCUGCCAAAACCUGAAUUGGCCAGCAUUCACCCAAAUGCUGUUCUGGCCUUUGAAGUCCCUCAGGCUCCUUUGCCUAUGGAGAAGCUCCGAGUAUCAAAGGUUUCUGACACUUCAGAAAAAACUCGGGUACUCCAAGGUUCUUCUGGCAUGAAACCACAUGGAAUGUUCCAGCCUUAUGUCACUGGUUCCAGGAUACCAGGGUCGAAGUCCCAUCUCAUUGGUGAGAAAGUACCUUCUGGUCUGGAGAAGCCUAUUACACCGCUACCGUCUCUUACCAUUCAACUCUCCCAGACAUCACAGAACUUAUCUUUUGAAAGUGGCCAAAAACCACAGUUCCCUCCUAUAGACGUGCCCUGGAUACUAACCCCAGUUUCUGGCACCAGGAAAGCCAAGACCAUGGAGUCCCCUCUCACUGCCCAGCACCCUGAAGACAGAUACGUUGUUGAUGUGGAGGCUCAAAGGAAGAACCUGGUUAUAUUAAAUCAGGCUGUGCAAACUGCUAGACUCCCUGCACAGUACCACACAAUUGCCAGGAAUCUCAUAAUUGAAUCACUUCAUAUGAAUACAGUGCGCCUGGGGUAUCUGUUCCGAAAGUAUGUUGCCUAUAGGCUGAUCCAGCUUGCCAGGAACAACUUAACCAAACGAUUAAAAAACAUCCAAAAUACCGGGAAAGGGUACGAGACCCAGAACCUGUACGUCAUGCUGGACAGACUAGACAACUACAGGAAGAAGGUGAUGUGGCUCUGGAGCGACAAGCAGAAGCAGCUGGAGCAGAGGCGGAAGGAGUGCCUGCGGUCCAUGACACAGUUCUUCAGCGAGUUUGAAAAAGUAUUUAAAGUAAAUCUUAGCCAUCCUACGCCAGUGGUCUCCAGCUUUAAGAAGAUACCUGAUUUUACCAAAUUUCAAAGGCCAGGCUUGGAAUUAUUGGUUGAAGACAGCAAAAAACCGGACAUUUUCAAAACAUUCGGACAGGAAGCUCAGACAGAGGCCAUCUGGAAUGCUGACUUGUCUACUUCAAGCUACCCAAUAACAGAGAAGAAAUCCUUGAACACACUGUGGGCCCAGCUGGGUGGGUACCCGGAUAUUCCCAGGCUGCUGCAGUUAGACAUUCAGUGGACCUUCAGAAAAUCUCUUGCUUCCAUUCGGUCACAGUGUAAGAAGAUUCCCAAGUGACUACAAAGCUAAAGACAAGUUUCUGUCUUUUGUGGAUAUAAAUUGCUUUGUCUACUCUUUGCUUUCUGUGCUGCCUGUAUACCUUAAGAACAUUGUCUAGCUGGGGAGUGGUGAUGCAUGCCUUUAGUUUCAGCACUCAGGAGGCAAACACAGAUGUAUCUCUGUGA